CAAUUAGUCAUUUUUUAACCUUGUUCAAAUAUUCUUUAAACGUUUACUGUUAACUGGUUUACGGUUAGACUUGCAGUCCUAAACUGUAACAAAAAUUUAAUCCCGACUAUGUUUGAUUGUUUGAUUAGGUCAAUUUGAAUCAUGUACAUAGAUUAUUGUCCGAGUGUUAUCUUUGCAUUUCUGUGGCACAUUUUAUGUUGCGAUUGUCAAAUACUUACGUCUCCCAAUUUUUUUAAGCCAAGGUUUAUCACUGGAACUACAAAUGGGAUUUACGUAGCAGUUGUUUUUCCAAUAGACUUACCUGGUCGAGAAGCUUAUCUAGGUUGGUUUUUCGAAGCUAUCCAUAGUUUACCUUCUAAUCAAACGGAAUAUGCGUAUCCUCCUGAGUAUCAACGGAAAAUUGAAAUACUCGACAGAAAAUAUGUGUACGAUGUUGUGGAAAGUAAAAUAAAAUCGAAAGGGUUUCCUGGAAAGGCCUGUAUACUGAGAACAAUUUGUGAAGUUGCGAUGUAUUCAAUACAACAUUCGAACGGCAUAUUUGGAGAUAUUUUGCACUUAUUGUUAUCACCAUCAAUGUCCACAAAUUUUGACUUACCUUUGGAUUACCUGAAUGCAGAAUUGUUUGGCAAGCAAAACAGCAAUUGUGAAAAAUAUUUUAAAACUUGCAACAUUAGUUUAUUACAAUUAUUUAGUAAAUUACGCGUGUAAAAUUGAAUAUAUCAAUUUACUUUUAUAAGACUGAC